UCCCCCAGGAGCGAGAGAGUGCCUGGACUGGCCGGCACCCGGAAGCGCUUUCCCUUUUCCUGCUGCCACUUCACCAGCCACCUCAGCCCCGAGCAGUGAGGUGGCGGCAGCGGCGGCAGCAGCAGCAGCGGCAGGAGAGGCUGAGAGUCCGGCACCCCCUUCCAAGCCGCCUUCCCUCCCUCCCUCUUUCCCGGCGCAUGUUCUGUCGUCGCUGCUGCUCCUCCUUGGCUAGCGCAGCUCGUGUCAGCCUCGGGACGCUUCGGCUCGGCACCGCUUCUGCCCUUUCUCCUCGGCGGCGUCUCCUCAUGAAACCGGCGGUGGUGUUCGUUCUCGGCGGGCCUGGGGCCGGAAAGGGAACGCAGUGUGCUCGCAUUGUGGCGAAAUAUGGUUACACCCACCUCUCUGCAGGUGAUCUUCUUCGAGAUGAGAGAAAAAGACCAGGCUCUCAAUAUGGAGAGCUUAUUGAAAAUUAUAUUAAAGAAGGGAAGAUUGUACCUGUUGAGAUAACAAUCAGCUUGUUAAAGAGGGUUAUGGAUGAAACAAUGGCUGCCAAUGCACAGAAGAAUAAAUUUUUAAUUGAUGGAUUUCCCAGAAAUGAAGACAACCUACAAGGAUGGAACAAAACAAUGGAUGGAAAAGCAGAUGUGUCUUUUGUUCUCUUUUUUGAUUGUGAUAAUGAGAUCUGUAUUGACCGCUGCCUUGAAAGAGGAAAAAGUAGUGGCAGAAGUGAUGACAACAGAGAGAGUUUGGAGAAAAGAAUUCAUACGUACUUAGAGUCUACUAAGCCCAUUAUAGACCUAUAUGAGAAAAUGGGGAAGGUUAGAAAAGUGGAUGCCUCCAAAUCUGUUGAUGAAGUUUUUGGCAAAGUUGUGGACAUCUUUGAUAAAGAAGGCUAAUUUUCUACUUGAACACUUUUCAAACAUGCUUGAAUCUUGCUUUAAGAGCUGCUACUACCAUCCAUUUUAUAAUGGUGGUAAAAUCUGCUUUUUAAAAUGCUUCUAUGUUAAAAACACUUUUAGAAUUGUUGAUUAUUUGAAAAUAGGACUUAAAAUGGCUUGUCACUAAGGUACAGUGAAACUGAUUUGAAGAUAGUGAAAACCCAAUCUCCAAAACAGAACUAGUAAUCAAGUGCUUAAUAUAGCUAUUUCCAGAAAAUUUCUGACUCUCCUCUACUUCCAUUACUGCCAAAAGCUAUCCCGUAUGUUAAAAUUGUAUAUAUAACUGAAUGGGUCCAUUUUUUUUCUUACCCCAUUUUUAGUUAUGGACCAAAUAUAAAGAAUGUGUGGGGUUUUUUUUAACUUUUUGGGGAAAAAUCAUAUGAUGUAUACUGUUUGGAAUGAGAGGUAGUUCCAGUAAACAAUGCUUUAAAUGGAGCACACCUUCUUGAUUUUGCUUAUUUGUUUGCUAAUAACACAGUGACCGCAAUAUUAAACAAUGUCCCAUUGAUUUUACAUUUGAACAUCCUCCUCUGCUGACACAUAGUUGAGGGCUCGGAGAAAGCAACCAUUUAGUAUACAGAAUGGGAGAUCCCCAUGUGUAAGGACUGAGAGCCUUUUCUCAAAAGAAAUGGAGAGCUACAGUAUCUGAGAGUCACAGGGAUUGUAGCUUAGAAUUAAUAGAAUGAAUCUAAACUUUCUUAGUUGGAUGUGGGUCUCAUUUAAAUCAGGGUAAAAAAGUAGUGAAGACUGAUUGAAGUUCCAAUUGAUCUCAGUCGGCUGUCAGUACACUUCACUUAUCUUAGAUCCAAAUCAGUGUUUUAGGAGUCAGAUUUCAGAUUAUGUAGGUGCCAUUUAUUUGUAGAUAUUUGUAUGAAAAACUAAUCUGGGCAUUGAGUAUUUGUGGGACUCAAUGGGACAGAAGACUGAAAUCACAUGUUUGAAGGCAGCUAUUAUUACAUCUCCAUUCUUGUAUCACAUAUCUCUAGCUGCAUGAUAAAAUUAUUUUAUGAGAAUUUUUGUAACAAAAUUGCUUAUUUAUUCUAGGCACAGGGUGUAUUUGUUUGAGAUAGGGUAGAGAAGAAUAUUCUUGUUAUUCUUUCCCCUUUAAGAAUUGUGUAACUUGAAGAACAGUUUGAGUCAGUCAUUCUUUUAAUGUGGUUUGAGAACCAAUGUAAGAAAUUGUUUUUAUUUUAAAAGUAAACAUGCUGGAUGUUUAUUGUUUAAAUUUAAUACAGUGCUGUUGGCAAAAAUAUGUUCUAAAUAAAUGGAUAUUUUAGGCUGCAAAAGCAUGAACCUUUUUAAAAUUUGAAAAUAUAGACGAAUAUGUGGGGAUUGGUUACUUAAACAUGUUUGUGGUUAAUUGCUUUUUGCCUCAGUGAGACUUUUCUGUUAGUGUUACAACUGCCAUUUGAACUGAUUGUUUACGGAUGAGAAUUACUUUUCCUAUUUAUGUAUCUCAUUCAUAAUAAGAGCAUUUAGUGCUUGCAUUUUGUCUUUCAGUUCAAAUAUAAAAUAUAAUUACAGAGCUGCAAUUGGCUUUGAACAAAGCAGAACUUUGUGCUCAGUGGGUUGGUUCCUUCAGAAGUUCAAAAUCUGUGGGAGAAUAUGUGCUACCUGCAGUGAGAUCUUUGUGCACAUGUGAAGGGGUAUGCUUUGUCUGGGAGGGAUGGGUAUCACAAAAGAUACCACUGUUUAUUUACUUAACAGAAUGUUUCUUUGCUUAACAAAAAGCUCAGAAUCCUGAUCAAAACAUUAAAAACAUCAAACACAAUA